AUGGCGAAAUUAUCACAGCAGAACACGAAAAACACAGCAAUUAACAGAAAUAAUACGACUAAUGGUGUUACCAAGGUGAAACGAACAAGGAGAAGUGUGCCAAGAGACUCUCCUCCUCAACGUAGCUCCAUUUAUCGUGGUGUUACUAGGCAUCGAUGGACCGGCCGAUAUGAAGCUCAUUUGUGGGAUAAGAAUUGCUGGAAUGAAUCACAAAACAAGAAAGGACGACAAGUCUACCUUGGUGCCUAUGAUGACGAAGAAGUUGCAGCACAUGCCUAUGACUUAGCGGCAUUGAAAUACUGGGGUCCUGAGACAAUCCUUAAUUUUCCGUUAUCGACAUACCAAAACCAGCUGAAAGAAAUGGAGGGUAGGUCUAGAGAAGAGUACAUCGGAUCAUUGAGAAGGAAAAGCAGUCGUGGGGUUUCAAAAUAUCGAGGAGUUUCUAGGCAUCAUCACAAUGGAGGGUGGGAAGCUCGGAUUGGCAGAGUGUUUGCUACUCAAGAAGAAGCUGCGGCCGCAUAUGGUAUAGAGCACCGGGGCCUGAAUGCUGAUCUUAGCCGGUACAUCAAGUGGCUGAAACCCAAUCAAAAUAACAGUAACGGCAGCAAUGAUCUGAAUCUUCCUACCCCUAUGAUCAUAGGCACUGAUAACUCAACUCAUCGUAACCCUAAUCAAGAACUCGGACCAACAUUCCUUCACAACGAACAAACCUACCAACCUAGUGAAACUACAUUAAUUCCACUACGGCCAGCUGCUGCGAAUCCCACGUCAGCCCUAGGGCUCUUACUUCAAUCAUCAAAGUUCAAGGAAAUGAUGGAGAUGACAUCAGUGACAGACUGCCCACAAACCUCAUCGUCAGAGUUAGAACUGACACCGUGUAGCUUCCCUGAAGACGUACAAACAUAUUUUGAGUGCCAAUAUUCAAGUAGCUAUGGCGAUCAAGGAGAUGAUAUGAUUUUUGGUGACUACAACUCGUUUAUGCCGCCCAUGUUUCACUCCGAUUUCUAA